AUGCUGGGAUAUAGUCUCGCAGAACCUGAGGAUGGUAUCCUCGUCAGCAGACCUGUAUACGGCCGCUUUGAGCUAGACUACGGUGUUGAGUCUGGCGUUCGAAUGGUCUAUGCCGACACAGCCGUGGAAGAGGCAUUCUCUCCUGCUUCUGUGGAGAAGUAUGAGCUAGCUUUGAAGGCUGCUAAGGACCGGGGCCAGAAGAUCCGAGCUGUGCUGCUUGUCAACCCGCACAAUCCGGUCGGUCGUUGUUACCCAGUCGAGACACUCACGGCUAUCGCCCGGUUCUGCAGCAAGCAUAAUCUCCAUCUCAUCAGUGACGAGGUCUACGCCUCCUGUGUGUUUGAUUCCGGUGACCCUGAGGCUGUGCCAUUUACUUCAAUCACCUCGCUAGCUUUUACGGGGUUGAUAGAUCCUAAUCUGGUCCAUGUGUUAUAUGGCUUUAGCAAGGACUUUGCUUCUGGGGGUCUUCACCUCGGCUUCUUGGUGACCCAGAACCCGCAGCUUCGUCAGGCCUGCAAAGCAAUCUUGAGACUCCACGGUGCUUCACAAGCAGCGGUGACGAUUGGCACUGCGAUUCUAGAAGACCAAGCUUUUGUGUCGAACUUCAGGGCCAAAGCAAGAAAGAGGCUCGCUUCAGCCUACCGGCUUACAACAUCGGUGCUUGACAAGGAGGGAAUCGACUAUGUCAAGGGCGGAAACGCUGGCUUCUUCGUCUACAUCGACUUGUCCCCUUAUCUCCCCGCUGACAGCGCUCUUUCCCCGCGGAAUCGGGAAUUUGCCCUUGCACAGAGGCUUGUCGAUGCUGGUGUUUUCUUGCAUCCUGGUGAAGAGCAUUCGAUGGAGAUUGGGUGGUUUCGAUUGGUUUUCUCGCAGGAAGAAGACACAUUGAAGGAAGGUCUUAACAGUCCUGCCACAGCACCGGUGUCGACGUUCAAGGUUGAUAUCUUGAAAGUGUAG